AUGCUUCGUAGCAGGCUUUCAUGGCUGCUGCUCUUGGUGGCGUUUAGCUUCGUCUUCUGGUGUUUAUCGAAUGUGGAUGCGGCAGUCUAUCGAAUGCCCCUGAUGAAACAGACGAGUCGGCACGUCAGGAUGAUGCGCGAUGGUAAAUGGGCUGAGUACCGCCGUCAACAGCAAGAAAUGAACAAAUCAGCUGGAGUAUUAGUCCACUCGGAGAAGGAGCGAAUGAUGCGGCAACUAAGCAAGCAAAUUGGACCAUGUAAACGUAACGCAAAGGUAGAAAUUGAUCUACAAUCUACGAGAGUCUCAAUAGGAAUGUAUUCUGUAGCCAGAGAAGGCGUCUGCGUCCGUCUAGUCGAUAUUGAACACAUUUCAGUUAAUCGAUAA